GCCAUGGCGGAGGGAGAGCGGGCGGACAGCGGCGGGCCCGGGCCCGGCCCCGGGAGGCCCCCGAGCGCGGCCGAGCUGCAGCGGGCCGAGGAGAUGAAGACACAGGCCAACGAGUUCUUCAAAGCCAAGGACUAUGAGAGCGCCGUGAGGCUGUACAGCGGCGCCAUCGAGCUGAACCCCGGCUGCGCCAUCUACUACGGCAACCGCAGCCUGGCCUAUCUGCGCACCGAGUGCUACGGCUACGCCCUGGCCGACGCCACCACGGCCCUGCAGCUCGAUGCCAAGUACCUCAAGGGCUACUACAGGAGGGCAGCCAGCAACAUGGCCCUGGGCAAGUUCAAAGCUGCCCUCAGAGACUACGAGACGGUGGUGAAGGUGAGGCCCAACGACAAAGACGCCAAGCUCAAGUACCAGGAGUGUCACAAGAUCGUCAAGCAGAAGGCCUUUGAGCGAGCCAUCGCCUCUGAGGAGCACAAACGCUCCGUGGUGGACUCCCUGGACAUCGAGAGCAUGACCAUUGAGGACGAAUACAGUGGCCCCAAACUGGACGAUGGGAAGGUGACUUUGACCUUCAUGAAGGACCUGAUGCAGUGGUACAAAGACCAGAAGAAACUCCAUCGAAAAUGUGCCUACCAGAUCUUGGUGCAGGUCAAGGAGGUGUUGGCCAAGCUCCCAACCUUGGUGGAGACCACGUUGAAAGAGAGCGAGAAGCUGACGGUGUGUGGGGACACCCACGGCCAGUUCUACGACCUGCUCAACAUCUUCGAGCUCAACGGGCUGCCCUCGGAGUCCAACCCUUAUAUCUUCAACGGGGACUUCGUGGACCGCGGCUCCUUCUCGGUUGAGGUCAUCCUCACGCUCUUCGGCUUCAAGCUCCUCUACCCUGACCACUUCCACUUGCUUCGAGGGAACCACGAGACAGACAACAUGAACCAGAUCUACGGCUUCGAGGGCGAGGUGAAGGCCAAGUACACGGCGCAGAUGUUCGCGCUGUUCAGCGAGGUGUUCGAGUGGCUGCCGCUGGCCCAGUGCAUCAACGGCAAAGUGCUGAUCAUGCACGGGGGGCUCUUCAGCGAGGACGGCGUCACCCUGGACGACAUCCGCAAGAUCGAGCGCAACCGGCAGCCCCCAGACUCAGGGCCGAUGUGUGACCUGCUGUGGUCUGACCCCCCAGCCUCAGGUGAGCCCGCCCCGCAGGACGGCCGCUCGGUCAGCAAGCGCGGCGUGAGCUGCCAGUUCGGGCCCGACGUGACCCGGAGCUUCCUGGAGCGCAACGGGCUGAGUAACAUCAUCCGCAGCCACGAGGUCAAGGCCGAGGGCUACGAGGUGGCUCACGAGGGCAAGUGUGUCACCGUCUUCUCCGCCCCCAACUACUGCGACCAGAUGGGCAACAAAGGCUCCUACAUCCACCUGCGGGGCAGCGACCUGCGCCCCGACUUCCACCAGUUCACAGCAGUGCCUCACCCCAACGUCAAGCCCAUGAUGUACGCCAACACCCUGCUGCAGCUGGGCAUGAUGUGACCCCCCCUCACCCCGAAACCCACCCCCCCACACCCCAUGGGUGCCCCCCAACAUCCCCCCAGCACCCACCACGUAGUGUGUGGGGGGUUAAUGGGGACAGAGUGUAUUUAUUCCCCUCCCCCCCCAGCCCCCCACAACCUCCCAGUGCUCCCAGUUUGGGCAGGAGCAGCCUGGGGGGGGGGCUGGAAGGUGGGGGGGGUGGGGGGGGCUCCCCUCUUUCCCCCCACAAGCAAUAGGGAGGUGGAAAG